CGCGGCGGCUCCGUCUCCCUCCUGAGCCAAAGCGCCCGGGCGGGCGGGCGGACUCUUCAGAAGGUGGGCAUCUCUCGCCUGGCGCGAAGCUCCGCUCGCCGCUCGCCCGCCUUGCCUCCGCAUCCCGAAGCGAGCGGAACCCUUCUUGGCCCAAGCGGGGAAGAUGGAGCUGGGCUUUGCGGAGGGAUGACACUCCUCUCCUGACGCCCCCCCCCCGCCGCCGCCGCCCCGAUCGCCAGCGGCGCCGCCGGCAUCAUCCCCUUCCCCGUCGUUCCCGCAGAAGCAGCAGCAGCAGCGGCGGGAAGGGCGGCUUGGCGAAGAGAGCCCGGGAGGUCCCUCUCGCUCGCGGUCCGGGGCGAGCCCGCCGCCGUGCCUGCGCGCCCAGCCCGUCUUUCCUUCCCGAUCGGUGGCUCAGAUUAUGAAGAAAAUGAGCAACAUUUAUGAAUCAGCAGCCAAUACCCUGGGAAUCUUCAGCAGCCCAUGCUUGACCAAGGUGGAACUGAGAGUUGCAUGCAAAGGUAUCUCAGACAGAGAUGCCCUCUCCAAGCCUGAUCCCUGUGUCAUCCUGAAAAUGCAGUCUCAUGGGCAGUGGUUUGAGGUUGACAGGACAGAAGUGGUUCGAACCUGCAUAAAUCCCAUCUUCUCAAAGCUUUUCACAGUGGACUUUUAUUUUGAAGAGGUUCAACGGCUACGAUUUGAAGUCCAUGACAUCAGCAGCAACCAUAAUGGGCUGAAAGAUGCAGACUUCCUGGGUGGCAUGGAGUGUACUCUUGGGCAGAUUGUUUCACAAAGAAAACUAUCUAAAUCUUUAUUGAAACAUGGCAACACAGCAGGGAAGUCUUCCAUAACGGUGAUUGCUGAAGAAUUAUCAGGCAAUGAUGACUACGUUGAGCUGUCCUUCAGUGCACGAAAAUUAGAUGACAAGGAUUUCUUCAGCAAAUCUGAUCCAUUUCUGGAAAUAUUCCGGAUAAAUGAUGAUGCCACCCAGCAGCUUGUUCAUAGGACUGAGGUGGUGAUGAAUAACUUAAACCCUACCUGGAAAUCAUUUAAGGUCUCUGUAAAUUCGCUCUGCAGUGGAGAUCAGGAUCGCAGGCUAAAGUGCAUAGUGUGGGACUGGGAUUCCAAUGGCAAGCACGACUUCAUCGGAGAGUUUAGUUCAACUUUCAAGGAAAUGCUAGGUGCGAUGGAAGGAAGACAGGUACAGUGGGAGUGCAUAAACCCCAAGUACAAAGUAAAGAAGAAGAAUUACAAGAAUUCUGGCAUCGUCAUUCUUAAUCUGUGCAAGAUUCACAAGAUGCACUCAUUUUUGGACUAUAUCAUGGGUGGCUGCCAAAUACAGUUCACAGUAGCUAUAGAUUUUACAGCUUCAAAUGGUGACCCUCGGAACAGCUGUUCGCUCCACUACAUCCAUCCUUAUCAGCCAAAUGAAUAUCUAAAGGCAUUGGUCGCUGUUGGGGAGAUCUGUCAAGACUAUGACAGUGAUAAAAUGUUUCCAGUCUACGGUUUUGGAGCCAGGAUACCCCCGGACUAUAAAGUCUCUCAUGAUUUUGCAAUCAAUUUUAAUGAAGACAACCCAGAAUGUGCAGGGAUCCAAGGAGUAGUUGAAGCAUAUCAGAAUUGCCUCCCUAAGCUUCAACUUUAUGGUCCUACAAACAUCGCUCCCAUCAUCCAGAAGGUGGCUAAAUCAGCAUCAGAAGAAAUCAACACUAAGGAGGCAUCGCAAUAUUUCAUCUUGCUGAUCCUGACGGACGGUGUAAUCACAGACAUGGCCGACACACGUGAAGCCAUUGUUCAUGCUUCCCAUCUCCCCAUGUCAGUCAUCAUUGUUGGAGUUGGAAACGCCGAUUUCAGUGACAUGCAGAUGCUAGAUGGGGAUGAUGGGAUCCUGAGAUCUCCUAAGGGAGAGCCUGUGCUGCGUGACAUUGUCCAGUUCGUUCCAUUCAGAAACUUCAAGCAUGCUUCCCCCGCAGCAUUAGCAAAAAGUGUUUUGGCCGAAGUUCCAAACCAAGUGGUGGACUAUUACAAUGGGAAAGCAAUUAAGCCAAAAUGUAUGUCGGAGUACGAGUCUUCCAGGACACUAGCUCCCUGAACUUCCCUGGACGCUUUUACAGAGUUCAGAAAUACUACUACUAACAACUCCUGUAUUUAAAUGAAAAUAGCACGUUUUGGUGAUUUUUAACUCUCUCUCUCUCUCUCUUGUUUUUGUUUUUUGUUUUGUUUUUUGGGGGGUUUUGCAUGUGUAGCCUAAAGGCUUGCAGGUAACGUUUAAGCAACUAUAUUGUUGAAAACUUUUUAUGAGAAAAAAAAACAAAAUUGUAACUCUUUACAUUACAGCAUGUCGCCUUGAAAUGAAAAGUUAUCUGUAUCUGUUUUUUAUACAGGUUUGUUCAGAUUUUGCUAAAUUUCUUAUUAUCUUUACACUGUAAAGCAUUUUGAAACAUUUAUUGGAAGUUGGUAGCCAAAAUGUCUUUGGGUUUAUCUGCUAUGAAUGAAAAGAUUUUUUUUCAAAAUGGCAGAUGCAUGGACUGUGUUUUGCAUGUUCCAAAAUAAA